UAUAAAAGCUUGACAUCCCCUCCUACAAACCAUAAGAAAAGUAACUGGGUAUUUUUCUUAUGCGCUGUUGCUUUGUGCGUCCAGUUCAGUGACCGUCCAAACUGUGAAUCUCAAGUUAAAGCCAUGGCCAAGGCAAUGACUCUGCUGUGGGCGACCGGCUCUUGUCCCUGCUGGAGGGUGAUGAUCGCUCUGGAGGAGAAGAGCCUGCAGGGCUACAACCAAAAACUGCUGUCCUUCGAUAAAAUGGAGCACAAGUCCCAAGAAGUGUUAGAUAUAAACCCCAGGGGACAGAUUCCCACUUUCAAACAUGGAGACAAUGUCAUCAAUGAAUCUUAUGCAGCCUGUUUUUACCUGGAGAGCCAGUUUAAAACCCAGGGAACCAAACUGAUCCCAGAUGGCCCAGCAGAACAAGCUCUGGUGUACCAGCGUAUGUUUGAGGGUCUCACAUUCUACGAGAAACUCACUGCAGUUAUCUACUAUGAGUGGUAUGUCCCUGAAGGUGAGAGACAUGAGUCGGCUCUGAAGAGGAACAAAGAAGCUCUGGUCACUGAACUCAAACUCUGGGAGAGUUACCUGCAGAAGCUGGGCUCAGGCUCUUACCUGGCAGGACCGUCUUUCACGCUAGCAGACGUGGUCGUUUUUCCAACAGUUGGCGCACUCUUUGGGUUUGGGUUGUCUCCAGAGCGUUAUACUAAACUGGGAGAGUACUACAAUCUGCUGAAGGAGAGACCCAGUGUCAAAGCCAGCUGGCCUCCUCAUUGGUUGGAGAACCCCAAGGGCCAAGAUACACUGAAAGACAUCUGAUAUUCAUCCAUAGAUGAUGCUACAUAAUGACAGAGCAGCUCUUGUUUUUUUGCUUGCAGCUUUUGGUAACUCAUACCUAUUCCGUUUUUUCUGACAGCAGUUUAACUUCACAGCAGAAGUCAUGACUUUGCAUCUUUUUCUGUGAUGUCAAUAAAAAACCUUCCAAGAAACAAAAACA